CCGGAAGUAACCUUUACACACACACAGUAAACAAUUCUGACAAGUUUCAUAUCUUUAAACACAUAAAUACACACGGUUUAGCGCAAAGCAGGUCUUCCAGUCGGACACAGAAGUCUUAUCUGGCCCAACGCGACUGGAUGACUCAGUUUGACGAGCAGCACUAAAGCAGGACAUUGACUGUGAAACGCAGCGAGACACACAGUGAGUGUGAGAUGGAGGAAGCGUACACAGCUCUGUAUCAGGAGUUCCUCCGUCUGCAGUUACUAUGUCUGAAACAAACCGAAAUGUUACAACAGCUCACAGAGGCACUGAGAAGACAACAAGGUAUGGUCCCAGUCUUUAAUGGGAUUUUUGAAGACUUAUAUUCCGAGCCAGUUCAGUACAGACGAGAUUUAUCGGGAAUGUCCCACACAGCGGACCGAGCACAAGCAUUUCACAUACACAAACAAGUGGCUCACACACACCCCUCUCCUGCUCAGACACACACCCCUGCUUUACACCCUGCAGUUAUUACAGAUGAUUCUGCGGUUUUCCCGCUUGCUGGAGCUUUGAACAGACUGCACCUGAAGCCUGUGCAGGAGAAGGAGGAGGUGGAUGGAGCAGCGUCGGCGUCAGGACAGCAUGAGACCGAGGAGCGCAGUAUCCUGGAUGAGUUACGUCAGGUCGAGCAGCGCUGGUACAACAGCCAAACACCUAAACAACAACAUCAUCAACAACAACAACGGCGUCCGUGGUCCUCGUCAUUCCUGACCAGCGAGAUGUUGAGCGAUGCGGGUGGGAUGCUGAUGUCCCGUGUUACGCUGCAAUCCCAGGUGUGCGAGUUCUGCCACGCCGUGUUCCCCGGACAUACCACCACCAGGGGAGAGUUCCUCCGCCAUCUCACCACACACAUCUCCUGACACACCACAAUCUUCUAUAAGACAAAUACUAGCACACUGUAUAUUAUAGAACAAACUUGUUACCUUUAUACACAAUAUAGUUUACGUUCAAGGUUUUAUUGUAUCAUGAGUCAUUUAUGUCAUUUUUACUCAAGCAUUAACUUCAUUAAGGGCUCUGUUACUUUUAAAAGAACAAAAUGAACUAAAUAACUAAAUAAUCAAAUGUAAAAUAAUAAAUAGCAAAGCUUAGCUGUUUUUUUUGUCAUGUGUAGAAUUAAUACUAUUCAAUACUUACUAGAUGGUAUCAAAAACUUUCGAGAUUAGCUCUGUUUACAAGAAAGUACUUUGUUACAUAUUACUCACUCAGUCACUAAUCAUCUAUACCGCUUAAUUCUGUAUACAUUCUGUUAGCCUAAAUUCUUUGGACUGUGGGAGGAAACUGGAGUACCCGCAGGUAACCCACCUAGCACAUGAAGAACAUACAAACUCCAUGCACACAGAAGCGGGAAUCGUACCUGGCCGUGAAUCAUACCUGGAACCUGGAGUUGCAAGCCAACAGUGCUAACCACUAAGCCACUAGUGCCACCUACUUACUUCUUUUAAUACUAAAAUUAUUAUAUAAAUGAACACUUAUUAACACUUUAUUAAUUACCACCUGACUAGUAGGGUGGGUACGUAAGUUCUCUGACGAUCAUUGUACAACGUCAUCAAGUUUUCAAAGUUUUCAAGAAUUUGAGCUCAUUGAAGGUCUUUCUGAUCUCUCUUCGUCUUUCAGUGAUGUUCUUCUGCUGUUGAAGUGCACAUGCCACUUAAAACACCUCGGUCGACUCAUUGCAGUAUCGCUUUAAACUUGCCGAAUCAUGUCAAAUGUCUCGGUGACAGAUUUAACCAGUUUCACGCUGAAUUUCACGUUCGUCAUUUGUUCUAACUUGCUGUCCAUGAUGAAAUCACAGACGUGGUAAUGGACGUGGUCAGAACAGAAGUUGCUCCCGGACUACACAGGAUUAUGUCUUCUGGCACACUGACACAUAAAUGCUUCAUGUGAUUUUAAAUCAAUCUAGUCUCAAAGCCUUUUUGAUGCCACCUUGUAUACUAAACUAAUGUACUAAGUGUAAAUACGAAUACAGUUUAUUCCUGCCUAACUCGCACUGACACUACUGUAUGUCACACUGUAGUUGCUGCUGUUAAAGUGUUCUUGAGACAGCUAAAUAUAGAUGCUUUGUCAAAA